AUGGCCGCAGGUGGCGUAGCUGUACAGCGAAAUGCACGAGUCUCUGACAUAGCUGAUGAACCGCACAGGAUGUUGAUGCCCAUUCGGGGCUAUGAUGAAAAGCCUUUGGUAUCACUCGAAGAAGCCGUCAAGCCACUUGUCUCGAUUUUACCCGGAGUUCAAGAUUAUGUCUAUGUGGCCAAACAAAGAUGCGAAGAAGAUCCUGCCGAUGGCCUGUCACAAGAUGAAUCAGCGUCUAUUAUUCUCUACUCAAUGGAAUGGGAACCACAAGAGCAAUGUCUUUAUUACGUCCUCAAUGCAACUCUCCGUGCUGAAGAUCGAGGACAACUGAAACCGUGGUUUCUGUACUUCAAACUUCUCCUCACUGCUCUCGCUCGACUCCCAUCCACGCGUCAUUUCGUCUAUCGAGGAGUGAAAAUAGACUUAAGCAAACAAUAUCCAGCAGGAAAAACCUUCGUUUGGUGGGGCUUCUCGUCAUGCACAUCAAGCAUUCAGGUGCUCGAGAAUAAACAGUUUUUGGGCACAACAGGCGUGAGGACAAUGUUCACCAUCGAUUGUGAUUCGGGCAAAGAUAUCUGUCGGCAUUCUUAUUACCAAUCCGAGGAAGAAAUUCUUCUCCUUGCUGCUCGACAGUUCAAAGUUGUCGCAUGUUUACAACCGGCACCUGAUCUUCACAUGAUUCAACUCAAAGAGAUCCAGUCUCCUAUUCUACUUCUGCAACCAGUGACUCUCACCUCUCUGGCGAAUAAAACAUCUACUGGUGCUCAAAAGGAAGACAAAACAAGUGUCGCUGGUCAUGUGACCAAAGUCCAAAUUGACAAAUCGAAAAGUGAGGCAAAAGAACAGACGAAAACAGAUCUAAAACAAAACUUCUUCAUGCAUUUUAACCUUCGAGGAUCGAUCAAUCGACGACUGACACAAUUUGGUUCCGGCGCCUAUUCACUCGGUACUCUUGUGCACUUCAGUGAUCCGACGUAAGUCAUGGGAUCGACUGAAUGUGUACAUCAUUGGUUCUUCUUUUUUUUCUUCAUCUGUCUAGACAAUCGGUACAACUCAAUGUACUUACGUAUGAUGCAGUCUCAUACCAUGAGCUCAGUUAUAAGAAAGUCGACGAUAUUCCACGCGAUAUUCCUGCGACACAGAUGACUUGUAAAUUGUCUUUAUAAACCUAAGUUCGACAGCGAAAAACGAAUGAUAUGUUUUUUGUAGGGAUCAAU